UAGAUUAAAGAAUAUUACUGUAGGUUUUCAUUGCGGAUGGUGGCGGAUUUUUCGUUGCCUGUUGCUUACAACUUGCGUCUGGCGUCCGUUACCGUAUCUACCGGUUACUGAGUACCAGCAACAGGCUUCCAACAGAUACUGUAUACGAUAAUAUAAUACACUCAUUCAGGACACUCUGUACUAAAAUAGUGGCAAGCAAAUUCUUGACCAAGACUGUAUUGUUUUCACUUUUCACUGUGUCUGCGGUCGCAUCACUCUCUGAGUGAUUUUAAUUUUUAUUAAUUUGCGUAUGCUGAACUCCUCUGAGAUACGAUGCCAGUUCUUUGUUUUUUUUGUGAUGUUACAUUAUAUGGGGAAAAAACUCGUAUAUCUUCAAGCUUUACACCACACAGUUAUGUAUCAUACCCAGAAAAGAUUGGAGAACUGAUGGGAGAAGAAUUUGUUAUUAUUGUCACGCCUUCGGAUUACAUGUGCAUGAAAUGCACAUCCCUUUUCAUUCAUAUGGACAAGCUGGAAAAUGAUCUGAAACUUGUUAAAAAUACUUUUUUAACCAUAACACAAAAGGGAUACGGAAUGUUGCCUGCUGAUCAGCCUGAACAUUCCUCUAGUGCUAGUGGAAGUAAUGCUGCAACUAGAAUGAGACAAGACCCUUCAAAUAUUCAAAUAUACCAAUGCCAUUCUUGUCGUUUCCGAUCUAAAGACUUUGGUGACCUUCGUUACCAUAUAAUACGUUGUCAUACAAAAAAGAAAGAUAAUGAAAAAUCAAAAAAAACUGUGACAAAAACAGUAAUCCAGGAAUAAAUACCUCAGCGAAACAACAUAAAACCAACCAUCAGUUGAACAUCCAAACUCAACAGUAGCAACAAAAAAAAAAUGAACAGAAUGAAUAAAAGACAAUUUUAAUUAUAAUGUAAUAAUAGUAUUAAUAACAAAAUCAACAAAAUAACAGCUUUUGAAUAACUAAUAAAAUAUAAUGUUACUUUAUAAUAAUUUGGACAUUAGAAGUAGUUUUAAUAUGGUAUAGUUAAAUUUUAAUAAUUUUUUGAAAAGAUUAAUAUUGAUUUUUAAUUAAGAAUAAUAACAGUAUUUUAUGAG